AACGAAACGGUCGCGAGAGCGGAUCGACUCCUUCCACGAUCUUUCUCUUUCCCUCUCUCCCUCUCUCUCUUUCUCCGUCCUUCUUUCUUUCCUCUCCUCCUCCCCUCCGCUCCGAUCCGUCGUCGCCGUCGUCGCCGUCACCGUCGUCGUCGUCGUCGUCGUCGUCGGCGAGCGCGCUCGAUGGAGAACGGAAGUGGCACGCGACGACACCGAAGGAGACCGAGGGAACGCUUGGAGACGUCUCGAUUGACGAUGACGAUGUUGGUGACGAACGACACUUCGGACGGGCGUAAUGGGACGAAUGCGUGGGACCAGGAGGACGUCGUUUCGUCGGAAUACAACGUGACGACGACGGCGAGCGGAGCGGCCAGCAAGACGAGUCACUUCGAGACCGAUUUGCACGGGAACGUUAACAUCCUUCUCGGCGGGGCGAUGCUCAGCGGGGUGAUUAUGGUUGUCCUCCUCAUGUGUUACUGCUGUCACAAGAGCAUUCGAAAGAAUCGGCCGCAAGAGUAUCCGCAAUACUGGAGGACGGAACCAGACGCGCACAGCCUCGAGGUGUUCACCACGGAAGCGCAUGCCGCCUGCUGCGAGAGGCAACAACAACAACAACAACAAUCGGCGACGACCGAGGGAAACCAGGACGAGAGCGCCUACGACGUUUUAUCCUGCCCCGUAACUCCGAUUUCCGGCCCCGGCCCACCUCCAACUUACGACAGCCUGAUCUUCGAUCCGAAAAGCCUACCCACCUCGAUGGAGAAGAAGGGUGGAGAGACACCCGGGUCCAUCGUUCCCUCGAUGGUGUCCACGUUAUUGGGGCUGAGCACGAGCGUGAGAUCGGGUCUGGAGCGUAACGAGGCCGUCGAACAGCAAGCAUCGGACGAGGGAUUGCCUUCCUACGAGGCCGCUUUAAAGUUGGACGCGAACGGUUACGUGUGACACGCCCCUGAUCCCCGAGAAUUUUUCACGAUUGUGUUCCUUAGCGUUGUGUUCCUUUCCACGGAGAGCGAGAUGAAGAACGAAGGGACGAGGCAAAGAAAGAUGGAAGAAAGAAAGGGGAUUGGAAAUUAGAUAGUGUCUUUCGUCUUUCUUUAGGUUUUUAGAUCUCGAGAUCGGAGAGAAAGUUGGCCGAGUGGAAUCCUAGCUUUGAUUAAUUGACGCGAGCUUAGGAAAAAAUUAUUUCCCUGAUUCCCGUAGUUUUAGAGAGAGAGAGAG